GAUGAUCACUUUGCUGUUGUUUUAAAAUGUGGAAAAAAGUUUGAGUGGGCGUGUCCAUACUUGACUCGGCUAGUAGUGCAUACUUGCUAAACUGCCGCGGUAUUUUUCAGUCGCUCUGAAAACGCUCGUGUGCUUUAUCGUCAAAAACGGGGAGGAGAAUCAAACCCCAGCCAAUAAAAAAAACCCUCAAUAUGAGGUGAAACGCUCUAAUAGUCUGUUGUAUACAUAUCAGAUUACUGAUAGGCUAUAUCAGGCGUGCCCCUCUGAAGCUCGGUUUCACUUCCCCUCAUGCGAAUGAGUUUACUAAGAGUUUAAAUAAAGUUUAAAAGUUUUUAGCUGCUUGUAAACAGAAGCAGGAGUUGCAGGAGCUCGUUCGCUCAUGGCUGGGGUCGGCGGUAAGAGCGCCGCGCCGUUCUCCGUGAUCAAGCGCUCGUUGUCGCUGCGCUCGGUGCUCUCCGGCGGGCGGCGCAGCGCGCAGGAAGGGCGGCUGGUGACCCGUUCUCCUCACCCGCUCCGGACUCACCGACACCCCGCUUAUGUGUGCUUCUCCUGCCAGGACUCCAUGAGCGAAACCCUGCGGACCUGCUACGCGUAUCUGAACCAGACCAGCCGGAGCUUCGCGGCGGUGAUCCAGGCCCUGGACGGAGAGCUGCGGCAUGCGGUGUGUAUUUUCUACCUGGUUCUGCGAGCUCUGGACACCAUGGAGGACGACAUGAGCAUCCCGCUGGAGAAGAAGGUCCCGUUGCUGCAGGACUUCCACACGUUCCUCUAUCAGCCGGAGUGGAGCUUCAGCGAGAGCAGAGAGAAGGACCGGCAGGUGCUGGAGGAUUUCCCCACGAUUUCAGUGGAGUUCAGGAAUUUGGGCCAGCAGUAUCGUGAUGUGAUUUCAGACAUUUGUCACCGGAUGGGUGUGGGAAUGGCCGAAUUCCUGGAGAAGAAGGUUUCCUCCAUGAAAGAGUGGGACAAGUACUGUCAUUAUGUGGCCGGUCUGGUGGGGAUCGGUCUGUCCCGUCUGUUCUCGGCGUCCCAGCUGGAGGACACUGAGGUGGGCCGGGACACGGAGCUGGCAAACUCCAUGGGUCUGUUCCUCCAGAAGACCAACAUCAUCAGGGACUAUCUGGAGGACCAGCAGGAGGGAAGGGCCUUCUGGCCGCAGGAGGCCUGGAGUCAGUUUGCGUCGCGUCUGGAGGAUUUGGCUCAUCCUCAGCACCUGAGCUCUGCCCUGUCCUGCCUCAACCUGCUGGUGACCGAUGCUCUCCAUCACGUCCCAGACGUCAUCGAAUAUCUGUCCCGCCUCCGCAACCAGAGCGUCUUCAACUUCUGUGCCAUUCCUCAGGUGAUGGCGAUAGCGACUCUGUCGGCGUGCUACAACAAUCCUCAGGUGUUUCAGGGUGUGGUGAAGAUCCGGAAGGGUCAGGCGGUGACGCUCAUGAUGCAGGCCACAAACAUGGGCGCCGUCCAGAGCAUCAUUGCGCAGUACAGUCAGGAGAUCCUGCAGAAGGUGUCCGCCACGGACCCGUCCCGAGAGAAGACGCUGCGCAUCCUGAGCCUCAUCCAUGAGAAGAGCCUGUCUCCAGCCGCGCUCUCGUCCCGAGCGCACCACAUCUCUCCCGUCUACGUCUCGGCCGCCAUGCUGCUAGCGGCGCUCAGCUGGCAGUACCUAAACGCCACGGCCGGCCAGCCACCGGGGGGCGCCGACAUGCAGGGACACUGAGACCCCGGCCAAACUCACUCUGCCAAACCACUGCGCUGCACACAGCCACCAGUCUGGGAGUCUUAGCUUUCUUUCUGUUUCACUAAAAGUUGUUCAGGUCAUUUUCACCCCAAAAUCAAAUGAGAAAAAAAAUAAAAAAAUGCGUGUGUAUAUAUAUAAAUUAGUUUUUAUAUAUGUAAUAUAUAGAAAAUAUUUUUUUUUCUCACUCACUCGCUCUCUCUCUCUCUCUCUCUCUCUCUCUCUCUCUCUCUCUCUCUAUAUAUAUAUAUAUAUAUAUAUAUAUAUAAAGAGAGAGAAAAGAAAAAAAAUAUGUAUAUGAAGAGUUCAGAUGCAAAAGCCUCUAAGUGCCAUUUGAAAUGUUCUUGUAAAAAAGGCUCCUAAUUUUAGGUUCAGUAAUUUCACUUUAAUGGCAAUGAAUGGUUUUUUUAUUUCACUUAAAGUUGUUCAGGUAAUUUUCACCCCAAAAUCUAAUGGUAACACUACAAUAAGGUUCAUUAGUUAACAACAUUAGCAAACAUGAACUAAGAAGGAACAAAACUUCUACAGCAUUUAUUAAUCUUAGUUAAUGUUAAUUUCAGCAUUUACUAAUGCAUUAUUAAAAUCACGAGUUGAGUUUGUUAACGUUAUUUAAUGCACUGUGAACUAACAUGAAUAAACAAUGAACAACUGUAUUUUCAUAAACAUUAACAAAGAUUAAUAAAUAGAGUAAUAAAUGCAUUGUUCAUUGUUUGUUCAUGUUAGUUAAUACAUUAAACUAAUGUUAACAAAUGACACCUUAUUGUAAAGUGUUACCAAUAAAAUAAUUAUAUAUAAUUUUAUAAAUUGAAUUAGAUUUUAUAGUUUUUAUUAGUUUUAUAGUUUAUUAGUUUUAUUUUAUUAGUUUUGUAAUAUAUAGAAAAGAAUAUAUAUAUAGAGA